AUGUACAACAGGCAAAAGGAAAUUCUUCGAAAGAAUCACGUGACUUUAGUGGAUCAGCUGGAACCGCGCGAUGUGUUUGACCAGUUACAACAAGAUGGCGUCCUUACUGAGAGUGACCAUGAACUUAUCAACACGGGUAAAACAAGGAAGGAGCGAUGUCGGAUGUUACUGGGAAUUCUUCCCACUCGUGGCCCUGACGCGUACAGUUCCUUCAGGAACGCUUUAACACAAAGUUAUUCACAUUUAGACCAGUUGUUGUCCAAAACAUCACCUGUAUAUAGAGAGACGACACAUUUACCUUCAGUAGAUUCUAUCGAUGUCAAGAGCUUCAGAGAAUCGGACGAUAUUCAUAGUGGCGGGAUUUGUUUCAAGUGCCAACCGUAUAUGCCUGCAAAUAUUGUCAAUCCAGGUUUAAAGAAUGCAUUACAAAAAUGCUGUUGCAUUAUAUUAGAAAAUGUAGAGGCAAAUGAUGUAUUGGAUACGUUCUAUCAAGAAACUUUAUUAGAAAUUAAUGACUAUGAAUGUAUAAGAUCAGAGAAAACCCCAAGAGACAGAUGUGUUGCGUUGUUAAAGAAACUGUCCCAGUGUCCGAAUGAUAAUGUUUUAACUGUUUUCAAAGACUCAUUAAGGAGGAAAUAUAGCUUUAUAACCGACAUGAUAGAGGAAGUAAACAAUGAAUUUCUGGAAGUGUCAAGACGAUUGGAUGCUAUUGCACUUGAAGUAAUGAGUAGGGAGCCGGAAGUAACCAAAGUAACAGUAACUAAACAUCUUCCCGUCCCAGCCACGCACACAACUGUAAUACCGGAAGUAAACACAGUUACAGUAACUAAACAUAUUCCCGUCCCAGCCACGCACACAACUGUAAUACCGGAAGUAAACACAGUUACAUUUGAUAAGCAAUGUCCCGUCCCAGCCUCCCCCACAUAUGUACUACCGGAAGUAAACCCAGUUACAUUUGAUAAACAAUGUCCCGUCCCAGCCUCACACACAACUGUAAUACCGGAAGUAACCAAAGUAACAGUAACUAAACAUAUUCCCGUCCCAGCCACGCACACAACUGUAAUACCGGAAGUAAACACAGUUACAUUUGAUAAGCAAUGUCCCGUCCCAGCCUCCCCCACAUAUGUACUACCGGAAGUAAACCCAGUUACAUUUGAUAAACAAUGUCCCGUCCCAGCCUCACACACAACUGUAAUAACGUCUACCUCUGAAGAUGGUAAUGAGAUUUCCGAUGAACAUAAUUUGAUGAGACAAUCUCACCUAGUCAGACAACGCUCAGUUCAGACCCGAUUUUGGCAGUCAAGAUUUUCUCAUUCCAAAUGUAAAAUUCCAUCAACGUUUUCAUUAAAUAAACCAGAAAUGUGCUUGAACAUUUCCGAAGAGGGCUAUAGAAAUGUCAGAGCAAGUGGAAAUGAUGACAGGCGAAUUAGUCGCAAAAGACCUGGGAUUGAAGUGUCCUCGCCCGUCGCCAUCAAAUUUGUACAUAUAAAUACACCACACUGUCAAGUAUUUACAGAACCAUACGAACUUCGUAAUAACUGCCAGGAGGCCGCAUUCAACUACCUCAGUACCCUAGUGAAUCAAGGAUUGUAUAAAGAGUUCGAGGCACGCGCUAUGGUUCUACGACAGAGGCGCAGUGGUAACGUCGACAUGCUUUGUAUUAUUGACUACCUCUUCGCUAGCAGGUUCCUGAACACAGCAGAUGUAGAUUCUGCUAAACCAUAUAUAAAGUCUGGACUUAAACUAGCGCAAAAGUCUUGUAAUCCGAAAUAUUUCACUCUAGAAUUCCUCACUUGUCAAACGCGAAUGUUAAUCAGCAAGAAAAAGCUUGGGAAACUUCAGAGCGUGUUAGAUGACGCAAAAAUGAUUAUUGAGACAGACCCAACCUGUUGUACAGGGCGAGCUGCUGGCUGGUUAUACAUGAAUGAUGUGAAAAAUUUAAUGAUUCAAAUAUCAUUGUUGAACACCAAUCGAUCUAAUUGCUCGUCAGUAAACGAACAUCUCCACGAGCAGGCUAAGAUGAGCUGCCAGAAAUCGCUAGACCAUUUUAAACGUGACAAAGGGAAAGAUGGACCUUUCGGGUUCGCCUUUGCUCUGUGUCGAUUGGUCAUAGUUUUACUCCGGUGUGGGGAUAAGGGCCUUUAUAAAGAUGGCAUAACGCCGAAUCCGGAGAUUGUUGAACUUGUUGGAAAAUAUCUUGAGGAGCUCGAGGACUCGGAUAUUUCGAUUACCACUUUCCUGCGAGUGUCUGUCCUCUUAGCGAAGAGUGACUACUUUUAUCGCCGUAAAAAUACUCAGAGAGCUCUGGAAUACGCAGAAGAAGCAUUCCAACUGGCUGAAAACAACAGUAUUUUAGAAUUCAAAGAACAAGCAGAAAACCGCGUACAUUUCCUCAGUGGAACGAUGGAAGCAGCAUGUAAAAGUAUCAAUGAAGCAUAUGAGUGUGGCAUUAUGAUGCAAUGUUCCAUGUCGACAGAUUGUGAGGAAACCGCAUGAUGUCAUAGGAUGAAUAUACUUUCAAAUUCAAGGGUUCGUAGGUUUUACCUGUACAUUUAAUAUACCGGUAUACAAAUUGAAUAAACUACAACACCUGGGUGGAUUACCGGUAAUCUCAGUGGUCAUGUUUAUUUUCAAUCAAUGGAGAAUUCACAAUUAGUUUUGAAACAGCAAAGUUCAAUUACGUUUCAUUUUUUUUAAAACUCGUCCUUUAGGCAUGGUAAGAAAAUUUUCAGUUAUUCCAAGUAUACUAUAAUAUAUCGUCAUCUUGUGCAAUAAAAACUUUACAAGGAAGUUAAACGAAAUUUGAUGCUGAUAUGCUGACAAUUGAAUAGCGUGUUAUAAGCGAUGAAUUACGUAAAGUUUGUGCACAGUCUUC